GGGGCAUUUUAUAGCAGAAUGAACGCCUGGAGGCUUUCGCCCGGCAAGAGAGCGUUUUGUCACCUGGGUGGUUACUGGUCCCUUACUUGUGCCCGGUUCUAGGAGGUUGACGGAGAUAAUUGGAUCUACGGAACACUUAUGGGGCUACAGUUUGCCAGUGCUUCGUUACUAUUCCAUGCAACCGAUUUCGACCUCAAAGUCGACAUAAUCCUUAAACCGGGGACAAGAUCGUUUUUGGAUAGAGGGCUUAGCUCGGUAGUAAGCCACAUACUCAGCGUUCACUACUCCUCUGACUUAUUUCUAACACCAUUUCUGUACACAUUUUCAGUUUCCCAAUUACUACUGCUUUCUACCUACUAGUGAUCCCUUUUUGUUUUGAGACAAGGGCUACUAUAUAGCUCCGGGUAGCCUGGGACUCACAAUGUAUACUUCCAGGCUGGCCUCAAACUCCCAAGAUUAUCUGCCUGCUUAGAGUGCUGUGCUGAGUGCCAUCAUAUCCAGCCCUAGCAGUACUUUUAAAGUUUUCUCAUGACGUGUGAAACGCAAAACUUUUUAGGAAAACAAAAUAAUUCACCGGACUCUGCCACAGGCUGAGUGCGGUGGAAUUUGCAGACCUCUAGUCCCCUGUCUACCCAGUGCUGGAGUUGUGCUUGUGCGCUGCAUCCUUUUCAAUAACAUUUUACAGGGCUACCUAAGGCCCUGGGGUUCUACGGAAUAACUCAAAGAGAAGAAACGUAAAGACUGACCGCGGGGCAGCUGCGGAGCAUGUCGACCCCGGCCCGUAGGAGGCUCAUGCGGGAUUUCAAGCGAUUGCAAGAGGACCCACCUGUGGGGGUCAGUGGCGCCCCAUCUGAAAACAACAUCAUGCAGUGGAAUGCAGUUAUAUUUGGACCAGAAGGGACACCCUUUGAAGAUGGUACUUUUAAACUAGUAAUAGAAUUUUCUGAAGAAUAUCCAAAUAAACCACCAACCGUUAGGUUUUUAUCCAAAAUGUUUCAUCCAAAUGUGUAUGCUGAUGGUAGCAUAUGUUUAGAUAUCCUGCAGAAUCGAUGGAGUCCCACAUAUGAUGUCUCUUCCAUCUUAACUUCCAUUCAGUCUCUGCUGGAUGAACCGAAUCCAAACAGUCCAGCCAACAGCCAAGCAGCACAGCUUUAUCAGGAAAACAAACGGGAGUAUGAGAAGAGAGUUUCGGCCAUUGUUGAGCAAAGCUGGAAUGAUUCAUAAUAGACACCUGGUCUGCUCAUCCUUCAUCGUUGUUGUGUAUAAUUUACCUCCCAGUAGAAAGGCUAGCAAGUUUUAAGUGCCACGGGUUUUAAGGAUUCUGCAGAGAAAAAAAGAAAAAGUCCUUCAGUUUAGAACCUACAAAAGCUUGUGUAUCUUGAUUAAUGUACUUUUUAUUGCAUGGUGUGAACUAAGUUAUUGCUGCAUAAAUUUGUAAUAUAUCCUGUUUGUAUUUUUUUCCAAGUGUAUAAUGUUGGUGUGGAGUUUUCAUGACAGAAUAUACACAUUUUGUAAAUCUGUACUUUUUUCAAAUAUUGAAUGCCUUAUUUUUGAAUUCUUUAGAUUUUUAAAUUGGAGAAAAGCACUUAAAGUUUUUUAUAUAUGAAUAUUACGUGUAAAGCUGUUAAAAUACAUAACUUCAGUGCAAGAGACUUUGUCACUUAUUUCCUCACCUGUGCAAGAGGGACUGCGAAGUCUCUGCCAGGUGAGAGCCUCAUUUCCAACUGCAGAAGGUCACUCUUCUGUUUAUCAAGAAAGUCUGCAAAUUCGAUUCUAAAACCAAUUCUGAUCUCCGGCUUUAUUUUGAAUGUACUUCUGUAAGUUCAGUUGAGUAACUAUAGACUUACUGGUCUGGUUCUGUCCAGCUCUGUAUUUGGGCCACUUGUUAAUGUGCGUUUCUCAUGUAAACUGUACCUUUUGUGACUUCACAAUUGGCACCUCCACCACGAGCAGAGCUGACUUCCUCUGCUGUGUGGCAGCACCUUCACAGGCUUUUGAUUAAAAAGAAAGUAAAACCAUCACCAUUUACCAAACACCGUGCCGCAGUAUUAGCAAUGGCCGGUUGCGCUGGUUUGAGCAAGGCAGAGAUUUGGAAGGAAUCUUGGUGUAACUUGAAUAUUUGCAAACUACCUUUUAAUGCAGCUGCGCGCUACCUGUUUAUUCUGGAACUGUUGAGCACCAGGGCCUGCCGAGUUGCUUCUCACCUCCUCAGUUGUAUCCAAGUUGUACUGCAUCUUAGUUUACUGGAUAGAUUUAAAACACAGUAUUGUAGAAAGCUAAUACAAAGCUAUCCUAUGCCUUCAAAUAGUAUAGAAAAUGGAAAAUAUACAAGUAAAUUCUGUUGAACCACU